AUGCUUGCCCCAAGUAGCGCGGAAGCAGUAGCACCUGCUCCUUCGAAUGCUGCUGCCGGUGCUGUUGAAGAACAGCAGCUGUCGGAGGGAUCUGUUUCACCUUCGGGUCGUGGCAGUAGUAACGUCAGCGGCGGCGUGGUAUCCUCGUAUAGGUGCAGUAGCAGCGGAGGUAGCAACACCAGCGCCGGCAGCGGCACGAGCAGUGGCAGCAGUAGCAGUAGCAGCAGCAGCGCCUGCGGCGGCGGCGGCGGCGGGAGCAGCAGCAGCAGCAGCACAAGCAGCAGCAGAAGUAGUGUCGUGUCUUCCAUGCGCAGCAGCAACAGCAACGUGUCCUCUGUUCGCGGGCCGCCUACUCAUCGUCCCACCAGCAAACAGCAGCAGCAACAGCAGCAUCGGGGUCCGACUUGUGGGGGAAAAAAGGCGCGAUGUCUAGGCACCAACCAGUGGGUUGCUGCUCUGUUCAAACCGACGGGGGAGCACAGACUGGCCAAGAUAUUGUCAGUGAGAACCCAUGGCGAGACGGGCUCGCACCUGCCAGAUGAGGUGAUGCAGCCGGGGCUCAUAAGACAAUUGAGGAGCAGCAGUAGCAGCAGCUUAGGCAGCAUCAGUAGCAGCUGCAAGAGCAGCACGAGCAAAUGCACUGUGUCGCGGGCGGGGAGUUCUUCCGCUCUCGAUUCUGCAGGCAGCAACGAAGCAACCGAAGCAGCAGCAUUGUGUCCUAGUGCUUAUGAAUAUUAUGUGCACUACCGCCUGACAAACAGACGAUUAGACUGCUGGCUUCGAUUCUCUGAUUUACUCCCGGUGAAUGCAAGGGGACAGGUAUUGCUACCGACGGGUUUUGAUCAGCAUGGCACCUCACGGCAAACUUCCCCUACUGCUGGGGCCGCAGGAACAGAAGCAGCCGAUGCUGCAGCACUUGAGGGAAUGCGCGAUCAUGCAACCGCAGAGGCUGCUCGAAAAGAGGAGCACAUGCCCAAGCGAAUGAAGCUGUCGCACGAAUGCCCAAUUACCUCGGAUGGUGCUGUUGCUUCUGUUGGUAGUGCAGUUGCCGGGUUAGCCGAAGUGUCCAUGGCCGCAUCUCUACCAGCGGCGGCACCAGCAGCAGGAGAGCGGGAUGCAGCGGACGACUGCGCUGCCGCUGCUGCUGCUUGGAAACGCCUGGAGAGCGAGAGGAGUGCAGAGGCUGAGGAGCUCAAGGCGCUGCUCUUCGACCCUUCACUCGUCUUUUCAGAUGUGCGCCGCUUCUUUUGUGCUGGGUUUUACGAUUGGUUUCGGAUAACUUCGCCGCCUAUUUACAUCCCCUUUGCUUGCUUGCGUCGGCCGUCAUUGCAGCACGAUGACGAGGAACACGAGGGUAUGGAUUCAGCGACGUUGGCGGCACACGAAGAAGCUACGCGCGUGAAGACCGUUAACAGGAUAUUCUUUGGGGGUCAGGAGAUUGACACCUGGUACUUUUCGCCUUACCCGGCUGAGGCGCAGGCCUCAGAUCUUCACAUUUGCGAAUUCUGCCUCUCUUUCUUCCUCAAGGCCUCCGAGCUUCUCACACACUCCCUGAGGUGCACCGUGAGACAUCCGCCAGGCAACGAAAUCUACAGAGAUGGACAGUCAGUCGCUCCAGAGUACAGCCAGGCUCAUGCUGCUGCUGCUGCCAUCGAGAACUUGUGCUUUUUGGCAAAACUCUUCUUGGACCACAAGACGCUUCAGUUUGACGUCGAGCCCUUCCUGUUCUACGUCCUUACGGAGCGUAGCAGUUUGCAUGUCCAUAUGAUGCUAUUCACUGCAACUUCUCAGGUUGACGCGGGGGGAGCUCACCUCAUCGGAUACUUUUCGAAGGAAAAGGUGUCUAUUCAGGGAUACAAUCUUGCAUGCAUUUUGACUCUUCCGCAGCAUCAGCGCAAAGGCUAUGGACGCUUCUUGAUAUCAUUUAGCUAUGUGCUAUCAUUGAAAGAAAAUAAACGCGGGGGACCCGAAAGGCCCCUCUCUGACUUGGGUCGCCUCAGUUACAUCGGCUGGUGGAGUUGGCGGCUGCUGAACCUACUUUCAGAGCCACAGUGGAUGGCCAAAAAACGCGUUUCCAUACACGAGUUGGUGCGAGCUACAGCCAUUCGCCCUGAGGACAUUCAGAGGACUCUCGAGGAAAUUGGUGUCCUUAGAGAGGCAGGCUCUGGAGGGGUGCCGGUACACCCGGAAAAACUCCACUUUUCUCCCUAUCACCAAGGCCCGCCUCAGCCCAACGAGAUGAUGCCUCCUGCAGUGGCAGACGAAGAUUAG